CUCUUGACUGAGGAUGCUAGGGUCCUUGUUUGUUCUCGUUCCCCUUGUGGGCGCUGCAGCUAUCAGAUCGGAGGCAUCUCACCAUGACUGUCCUGGCUACAAGGCAUCCAAUGUCAAGAAGGAGGCGAACUCUCUAACGGCAGACCUGACUUUAGCUGGCUCGCCCUGCAACAGCUAUGGCACGGAUCUGCGUGACCUCAAGCUUCUCGUGGAAUAUCAAACCGAUGAACGUCUCCAUGUAAUCAUCUACGAUGCCGAUGAACAGGUAUACCAGGUUCCCGAAUCUGUCCUUCCCCGCGUGGACGGGGAUAGCGGGUCCAGCGACACAUCGGCGCUCGAUUUCGACCUCGUUGAAGAGCCAUUCUCAUUUGUCGUUUCAAGAGACGACGAGGUACUCUUCGACUCCUCAGCAUCGAACCUCGUUUUCCAAUCCCAGUAUCUGAACCUGCGCACCUGGCUUCCCGACGAGCCCUACCUGUACGGUCUUGGCGAGCACUCAGAUCCUAUGCGCUUGCCCACAGACAACUACACCCGCACGCUCUGGAACCGUGACGCUUACAGCGCGCCCAACGGGACCAACCUCUACGGCAGUCAUCCGGUCUACUACGACCACCGUGGCGAAUCUGGCACCCACGGCGUUCUGCUGCUGAACUCCAACGGGAUGGACAUCAAGAUCAACAAGACCGACGACGGCCAGCAGUACCUUGAAUACAACACUUUGGGCGGCGUGUUUGACUUCUACUUCUUCACUGCGCCUACUCCUAAAGAGGCGAGUAUCGAGUAUGCCAAGGUCGUGGGUCUUCCGGCAAUGCAGAGUUAUUGGACUUUGGGCUUCCACCAAUGCAGAUACGGAUACCAGGAUGUUUACAAUGUAGCAGAGGUGGUGUACAACUACAGCAAGGCAGGAAUCCCCUUGGAAACCAUGUGGACCGACAUCGACUACAUGGAUAGAAGAAGAGUGUUCACUCUCGACCCGGAGAGAUUUCCCUUGAACAAAAUGCGCGAGCUGGUCACUUAUCUGCACCGUCACGACCAAAAGUACAUUGUGAUGGUUGACCCCGCAGUGAGCGUCAGCAACAACUCGGCAUAUACCACUGGUGUAAGCGAAGGCGUCUUCCUCCACCACCAGAACGGAAGUCUAUACGAGGGUGCCGUCUGGCCCGGCGUGACCGUCUACCCGGAUUGGUUCCACUCCGAUACCCAAGAUUUCUGGAACGCGCAGUUCGCCGAGUUCUUCAAUGCUACCGCGGGAGUUGACAUCGACGGUCUGUGGAUCGACAUGAACGAAGCGUCGAAUUUCUGCCCUUACCCGUGCGCGGAUCCGGCGGCGUUCGCCAUCUCCGACGACCUGCCCCCUGCCGCACCGGCUGUACGGGCCAGUAGCCCUCGCCCACUACCUGGGUUCCCGCAGGACUUCCAGCCUUCCGCGUCGAAGCGAUCUUCCGCCAACGGCCAAGGAACCAAAGGCGCGAAAAUCGGGCUAGCCAACCGCAACCUUACCGACCCGCUCUACAAGAUCCAGAAUGCAGCUGGGGUCAUCAGCAUGAACACCAUCCAAACCGACAUCGUCCACGCCGGGGAGGGCUACGUCGAGUACGACACGCACAACCUUUACGGAACGAUGAUGAGCACGGCGUCGCGCGAUGCGAUGGCCACGCGCCGUCCCAACGUCCGACCCUUCAUCAUCACCCGGAGUACCUACGCAGGAGCGGGAUCGCACGUUGGACAUUGGCUAGGCGACAACAUCAGCGACUGGGCGCACUACCGGAUCUCGAUCGCGCAGAUCCUGGCCUUCGCCUCGAUGUUCCAGAUCCCGAUGGUCGGCGCGGACGUGUGCGGGUUCGGGGGCAACACGACGGAGCAGCUGUGCGCGCGGUGGGCGGCGCUGGGGGCGUUUUACACGUUCUACCGCAACCACAACGAGCUGGGGGACAUCUCGCAGGAGUUCUACGUGUGGCCGACGGUGGCGGAGGCGGCGCGCAAGGCGAUCGACAUCCGCUACCGGCUGCUCGACUACAUCUACACGGGGCUCCACCGGCAGUCGCAGACGGGCGAACCGUUCCUGCAGCCGCUGUUCUACCUGUACCCGGCGGACGAGCGCACCUUCACCAACGACCGCCAGUUCUUCUUUGGGGACGCCCUCCUCGUCAGCCCCGUCACCCAGGAAAACGCGACCUCCGUCGACGCGUACUUCCCCGACGAUGUCUUCUACGACUGGUACACGGGCCGCGCGGUGCGCGGCCGCGGGGCCAAUCUCACCCUGACGGACGUCGACUACACGCAUAUCCCUGUCCACGUCCGCGGGGGCAGUAUCGUGCCCGUGCGCUCGGCUAGCGCCAUGACCACGACCGAGGUCCGGACCAAGGGCUUCGAGUUGCUCAUCGCCCCUGGCUUGGAUGGCACCGCGUCCGGCAGUCUGUAUCUCGAUGACGGGGACUCGGUCGAGCAGGCCGCCGCGACGGAGUUGCGACAGUCAUCGAAGCACGUCCAAAGAAAGAAUUAA